AUGGCAGAAGCUUCACAGCUCAACGCCACCCUCCCACGCCCAGCCUUUUUCAUACUGACUGGCAUCCCAGGGCUAGGGGGCACCCAGGCCUGGCUGACACUGGUCUUUGGGCCCAUGUAUCUGCUGGCCCUGAUGGGCAAUGGAGCACUGCUGGCAGUGGUGCAGACAGAUUCCACACUGCAACAGCCUGUAUUUCUACUCCUGGCCACACUGGCAGCCACAGACCUGGCCUUAGCCACGUCCAUAGGCCCAGGAUUGCUGGCUGUGCUGUGGCUUGGGCCCCGGCCUGUGCCGUACGCUGCCUGCCUCAUCCAGAUGUUCUUUGUCCACACACUGACUGCCAUGGAAUCUGGUGUGCUCCUGGCCAUGGCCUGUGAUCAUGCUGUGGCAGUAGGCCGCCCACUGCACUACCCGAUCCUAGUCACCAAAGCUCAUGUGGGCCAUGCAGCCAUGACACUGGCCCUGAGAGCUGUGGCUAUUGUUGUGCCUUUCCCUCUGCUGGUGGCACAAUUUGAGCACUUCCGAGCCAAGAGCAUAGACCAUGCCUACUGUGCACACAUGGCAGUGGUGGAGCUGGUGGUGGGGGACACACGGGCCAACAACUUGUAUGGGCUGGCUCUUUCGCUGGCUGUGUCAGGGAUAGAUAUUCUAGGCAUCUCUGGCUCUUAUGGGCUCAUUGCCCACACUGUGCUGAGGCUACCUACCUGGGAGGCCCGUGCCAAGGCCUUUGGUACAUGUAGCUCCCACAUCUGUGUCAUUCUGGCCUUCUACGUACCUGGUCUCUUCUCCUACCUCACACACCGCUUUGGUCGUAACACUGUCCCAAAGCCGGUGCACAUCCUUCUCUCUAACAUCUAUUUGCUGCUGCCACCUGCCCUCAACCCUCUCAUCUAUGGGAUCCGCACCAAGCAGAUCAGGGAUCGGCUUCUGGAAACCUUCAUGUUCAGAAAAAGCCAGUUCUAAUGGGCAGUGGAAACAAUGGAACUUGGGAAUGGAGGUGGGGGACAUUCAGAAGACGGACUGGGGCCUGGAGGUAUGGAUUGUCAUUUUUGUCCCAUUAGCUGCAUGGGACUGUGAUAAUCUCUCAAUAGAUAUUUGCUGUGAAACCCCU